AUGGUGCAGAAGAAGCUUCCCAAAGCGAGGGAGCAGCCCUCCAGAGCCAGCAGCAGAUUGAACAAGUUGCCUGAUCCUAAUUCUGUCCAGAGAAAAGUCAAGCUCGUUACCGAGCAGAACGUCAUCGAGAAGCCCUCACCGGUCGAAGAUUUCCCCAUGCGAAAAUGGAACAUCGUCCUGUACAUUGUCGGCGAGAAUGGCGAGGAGCACCCGGCCGACUGCUUCCAGAAGGUCGUCUACAACCUCCACCCUUCCUUCGAGAACCCGACCCAAACUUUCCACAAGCCUCCUUUUAGGUGCGAGAACGAGGGAUGGGGUGAAUUCGACAUGACGAUCGACUGCUACAUCACCGAGAAGUCGAAGCAGUCCCUUCAGCACGACCUGAACUUCGCCAAGAACCGCUACGAGGCCGAGCACACUGUCUCGUUCAAGAACCCCUCCCAGGCGCUGCAACAGAUCUUGCGCGAGACGGGACCUCUUCCAUCAGACGACGACCGUCUCAAGAAGAAGGGCGGUGCCGGUAAGAAGGGCAGCCAGAAGUACGAUUACGAGAAGAUCGCCCAGGCCCUCGAGAAGCUCGAGGAGGACGACCUUCUUCGCGUCAUCCAGAUCAUCAAUGACAACAAGACCGCGGACACAUACAUCAAGAGUGAUGUUGACGGUGAGCUCAUGCCUGCUUCCCCUACUACGGAUCUCCUGGCUGCUGGCGAGUUCUCCAUCGACCUAUACACAAUGUCCGACUCGAUGACGAAGCAACUCUGGGAAUACUUGUUGUAUGAAUGGUACAUGUGGCACGCCGAGAGUCAGCGUACUCGCGGCGGGUUUUGCAAGGAACUGGGAAAGGAAAACUUGAUGGGUCAGGGAAACAAGAACUGGCCGCUGACCGCGAUGUUGUGCCCAUAA